ACUUUAUAUUGAAAACUUUAGAACAAAGAAUUAGUUCAAGCAGUUUUUGUAAAAUAAAUUUAUAUGAAUUUGUUAAAAUAUGUGUGUAUAAGUGGAAUGCUUUGUAGUUGGUUGCUUUGUAGUUGGAAAUGUCAGAUUUUGGUUCUGUGACUUUAACAGAAUUUUCUGAUGCUAGUUAUGAUGUACUCUUAAAAGCGCUAAUGAUUGGAGAGUCUGGAGUGGGAAAAACUGCUUUUGUUACUCGUUACCAAGAUCCACUAAAAAAACUACCAAUGAGAUUUCUUCCAACAUUAGGCAUUGACUAUAUCAAGAUUGAUCAAAUUAUUGAUGGAAUAAAAGUAAGAACACAAUUAUGGGAUACAGUGGGGCAAGAAAGGUUUAGAACAAUUACCAAAAACUACUUCAGAGGAGCAAAGGGUGUGCUGUUGUUGUUUGAUGUAACAGACCGUAAUUCAUUCAAUAGAGUUCAGGAGUGGGUUUUAUGUUUAAAACAGUUUAAAUUAGAAAAUGAGGAACUUUUUUUGGUUGGCAACAAAAUUGAUCUUGAUGGUAGAAUAAUUUCUUAUGAAGAAGGUAAACAGUUGGCAUUAUCAAACGGAAUGAAAUAUUUUGAAACAAGCGCUAAAACUGGAGAAAAUGUAAAAGAGACAGUUCAUCGUCUGAUAUUAAAUAUGAAAGAUGCAAAUCAUCGUAAAAUAAGUAACAUUACUGCGCCUGAAGGUAUCAUUAAACCCGUAUUAAACAUGGAAUUGGAAACAACUAAGAAAAUUCGGAACUUAUCCUGUUGUUCAAAUUUAUCUGUUUAAAUCGCACAUUGUUGAUCAAAUUUAAAAUUGAUAUUACGCAACAAUAUACACACAAGUUUUAUAUAUUACUAGAGUAUUCUCGAUAAACAUGUUGCAAGCCGGUGCGUAACGAGGGUCAUCAAAACUCGGGGCCAAAAUAGCAAAAAGUCACCUUUUCAUAGAAGAAAAUCAAUUUUUUUAAGAAAAAUGAUUUUCAUAAAAGAGUUUUUUUUUUAAGUCUUUUUAUUCGGGGCAAAAGCCCUUUUAAUCCCCGUCUCGCUAUUCUACUGGUUUCAUGUUUUUAAUCCCCGUCUCGCUAUUCUACUGGUUUCAUGUUUUUCAGAGACUACAUCUCUAGAAUCUUGAUGCCAUAAUUGCAGUCAUUGACAGUGAGGUCAUCAAAUUCACUUUCAUUGGAAAAAAGUUUAAUUUAUUUAUUAUUUAUGAAAAGUAUAAAUUAAUUAAAAUUAUUUUUAUAUUGAGUAAUUAAAUUUAUUAUUUUUUUUAUUAACUAUGAAUG